AUGCAGCGCUUACUCUCUCGAUUCUCACACCAUGUGAUGAAUCCUUUGCACGAAAGAAAGAAGAAGAUGUCGCCAGGAACACCCUCGCUCAUGCUGAUGCAAAUCGCUACUGACUGCAAUGAUGCGCCUUUUUCGACCGAUCUUGAACGCAGAGAGGUAAAGAUAAGUGAUGUUACUGAACUUGGAAAUGUCUUGAGCACUUCUACCUUUGUGAAACGCGACUUGGGCUUUCAAGGACAAUUAGGGUCCUACAUUCUACUCACAUACGGUGAUACAAUGUUCAGUGACGCCGAAGGAAGUGAUCAAUUUCGUGGCAUGACAUGCAACUCAGUCGCCAUUGCUGGCAAGCAUUCUACGAAGGUUCUGGAUACUCGCCUGGAUCAAGAUGGGUUUCCACACUGCUUUCUUCGACCAUCUGAACAGUACAACGAGGACCCUAGUGUUUACGCGUUGGGGCUUACAAACGUUGUUGAGAUCUCGCCUGGUAAAGGUAUUGUCUUCUUUCUCCUCAACCAUCGACCAGACUACGUGAACCAUCUCAUUGGUGCUGGCGUUGCUGAUGUCUCGCUCGAAAGUCGUAAUGGUGUUCCAGUGCCCAUGGCAAGAAGACACGAAAGAUUCUGGUGGGACGGUGAGACAGAGCCCUGGUACGGCGACGUCUGUGCUUUAAAAGCUGGGGGCCAUGUCUAUGCUUACGGUCAUGCGAAAGACAAUCCCUGGAUAUAUCUCGCACGAGCCCGCACCGAAGACGCAACUGUUCUCGAUGCUUAUGAAUACUGGAACGGGGUAGACUGGCAGCGCGAAAGACUGAGACGGCAGGAGCUAAACGAGAAGCAGAGCGUCUUCUGGCAGAUCAACCAGGGUCAGGUCAUCUGGUCUAGGUAUCACAACUGUUUUCUAUUUGUGUACUGCGACAAUUUCUGGUCGUGUCAAGUACUGGUUAAAACAGCUCCUUCGCCAGAAGGACCGUGGUCAGGUUCUGUUACAGUCUACAAGCCAAGGCCUAUCACUGGGGGAGGCAAUGUGUAUGCAGCUAUACCUCAUCCAUACUUCGAUCCAUCUGGCAGGACGUUGGUCAUCUCGUAUACCAACCACCCAAACACUGUCCAGGCUAUCAAAGUAGUAAGCGCAUUCGAUUCUCCGGAACCAGGUUCAGCUUACGUAACUUUGCAGGAGUUCUAG